CUGAUGAGGUGCGAACCCCGAAGGAACGUUCACCCUUCUGUUUUCCUUUCCUUUCCUCCUCCUCCUCCUCCUCCUCCUCUUCCUCAUCUUCCUCCUCGUCGUCGAGCUGCCGCAGCAGCUGCAGACGCGGUGAGUGGGUCCUGCAGCAGCAGCCGCAGCAGGACGCAGUGAUACCUGACUCCGGACUAAAAACCCGCAAAUACCUAUGGCUUCCUGUGGAGAUAUUUCAGCAUGUGAUUUGAGCCCUUAAUGCUGUUGUGACUCCAAGAACCAGAUUUCAGUAAACAACAAUUCACAUAUGCAGAUCCUGUCAAGCCAUUUGGACACAAGCUCUUCACCAGGCACAAUGAGAGGCUACCUGCUCACUGCAAUUUUCUUUAUGCCCUUGGUGGCAUCCGAGUCCAAGGACUGUAUAAUGAAGCAUGAACAUGAGAAAUGCAUUGAAAUGAUGGAAAUGCACAACCCAGAUGGCCUUGAAUUUGUGUGUCCAUGGAUGUGGGAUAACUUAACCUGCUGGCAGGCUGCUGAUGUUGGAGAAGUUGUGACGGUCAAAUGUCCCGAACUCUUUCAUGACUUCAUGACCCCUGAAGAUGAAAUCGGGAGGGUGAAUCGGAACUGUACAGAAAAUGGCUGGUCAGAACCUUAUCCUCACUAUGUGGAUAUCUGCUUUCUUUACGAAAAUGGAACACAAAAGCCUGACCCAUAUUUUGAAUCAGUCAAAGCCCUUUAUACAGUCGGGUACAGCACAUCACUGGUCUCUCUAACAACAGCCAUGGUCAUUCUCUGCAGAUUCAGGAAGCUGCACUGCACCAGAAACUUCAUUCACAUGAACCUGUUUGUGUCCUUCAUCUUGAGAGCCAUCUCCGUCUUCAUUAAGGACGGCGUGCUGUACGCUCAGGAAGAAAGUGACCACUGCUUUGUGCAUACAGUGGCAUGUAAAGCAGUUAUGAUUUUCUUCCAUUAUUGCGUGAUGUCCAACUAUUUCUGGCUGUUCAUCGAAGGCCUGUAUCUCUUUACUCUGCUGGUUGAGACUUUCUUCCCUGAAAGACGCUAUUUCUACUGGUACACCAUCGUAGGCUGGGGAACUCCUACUAUUUGUGUUACUGUCUGGGCUGUUCUGAGGCUUCAUUUCCAUGACACGGGAUGCUGGGAUACGAAUGAGCAUACUGCCCUCUGGUGGGUGAUCAAAGGACCCAUAGUGGCUUCAAUAAUGAUUAAUUUUGUCCUCUUCGUUGGAAUUAUCAUUAUCUUGGUGCAAAAGCUGCAGUCCCCUGACAUUGGAGGAAAUGAGUCCAGCAUUUAUCUCAGCUGUGCUCAGAAAUGCUUCAGUGAGCCCACACAGGCUGUUCAGCAUUCGUGCAGGAUGUCAGAGUUAUCCACCAUCACACUUCGUCUAGCACGCUCCACUCUUCUUCUCAUCCCCCUGUUUGGGAUUCACUACACUGUGUUCGCCUUCUCGCCUGAGGAUGUGAGCAAGAGGGAGCGGCUGGUCUUUGAAUUGGGUCUUGGAUCCUUCCAGGGCUUUGUGGUAGCUGUUCUCUACUGUUUCCUUAAUGGAGAGGUGCAGUCAGAGAUCAAGAGGAAAUGGCGCAGUUGGACGGUGAACCGGUACUUUGCUGUGGACCUGAAGCAGCAGAGGCACCCUUCGUUAGCCAGCAGUGGGGUGAAUGGCGGAACUCAGCUGUCGAUCCUCAGCAAGAGCAGCUCGCAGAUACGUAUGUCCAGCCCACUGGCGGAGAACGCCAACAUCAGCCUGCCGACCUGAACGUCUGAUUGUCCAGAGUCAACUUCAAGGUGCCGUUCCACUUACAGUAGACCAACCAGAGCAGACCAAAGUGGCCCCUUGCAACCCUUAUAUUUUCUAUUUUAUAAAAAUGAAAACGGUCAAUGAAGAUAAAAACCAUUUUACUAGAGAUUUUUAUUUGGGUAUAUAAGAAUUACAAAUACUGGAGGUGGUAUUUUUUUUUUUAUUAUUGCAGCACCUUAUCAUUUUAGAUAAAUCUAAUUCAAUUCCAAUUCCCUAUAAGCAAGAUAUUCUUAGAAAUACAAACAGAGGGAUUGUGCAAAAGAAAUACACUAAUUAAACGGUGAUGCUUUAAUGUUAAAUGUUUGAGGGUCAAGUUUGAUCUGUUUGUGUAACCUAAAUGUGCUUCAAAGUGCCAUACAGUUCGCCCGACUCGAUAUCACUACAGUCCAAAGUUAAAAGACAACCAAAAGCUCGCCUUGCUUGUAGAAAAUGCUCAACGUUUAUAUGUACAUGUUUCACCUUGAAUUUAAACAUGUUUCUACAAUCAGCCGUAAGUACAGAGUAUGUCAAAAAUAGAAAAUACACAUAUAUAUAUAUAUAGCUUAUGGGUUGUGUGUAAAUAAUUACUUUUAGUGUCUAGAUUAGAUCUCUUUAGCAUAGCAGUGUUUGGUAAAAACCUUUUCAAAUAAAAGGAACUGGAGCCCAAAUCUGUAGACUCCAUCGUGUAUGCAGGGGAACCAGUAGAUCAUGCUCUCUCAAUUUAAACUGUUUUCCUUUUUAAAAAGGAAAAAAGGAAAACAUAUAAUAUAAAAGAUAAGAGAUUAACUGCACAGUAUCAAUUACUGAAUUUUGUACGACUUUUUGAUUUGUUUUGUCCUCCCAAAUGGAUAAUUCACAUAUGGGAGCACUGGUCUUUUUGUCCUGUUUUGCAUUUUGUAUUCAUGCAGAUUUGUUCAUUUCCUUAGCCUAAUUUUUAACGGUACGAAAUGAUACUGUCUGCCACAGGACACUGUAUGCUGGCCAUGAAUCAUUUUAUAGCUGCCAGGAGGAUGUUGAGCACUGAUGAUGUCACUUAGGUUUGUACCAUUUGCUUAACAUCAACUCUAACAUCAAAAAUGUGAUUAUAUGACUUCAAUAGCUACUGUAUAUGUGCCGUCAGCAUGCCACUUGGUUAUUUGGGUUUGGCUGGAGCUCAUAAUCCUUUAUAUUUCAUAUCAAUAACUUGGAAUGGAGGGAAUUACACUGGCUUCAGACAAUAACGACACACAACUAAAAAGUGACAUAUGAGCAUUUCAAAAUCAUUAAUCUCAAUUAUUCAUUUCAACAACAUAGAUAUUCCUACAUUUAUGCUGGGUAUUUACAGUACAUUGGCGUGACAUAAUUUUUUGUAUUAUUUGAAAAGGAAGGAAGAAAAUAGUUACAAAUUCGAGAUGCACCAAUCCAUUUUUUUCUGAUACCUGGCCUGACCGUAUCUGCCGAUAUCUGAUAUGAUCUUAUUCAGCUGUUUAACGAAUGAAUAUUAAAUCUUGCCAUGUGACUGAAGGCGUUAGCCUCGACAUAAACAUUUAUAAAAAAAGGUAAUUAACACAGAUAUAAAUGUACUUUAUAUUGUUUAUUGACAAAUAAGUAGAAAAAAAGAAAGAAAUAACCGUUCUUUGUAAAGUGGAUUGGAUUGGAUAUCUGAUAUCCGAUAUCAAUCACAGAUAAUCGAUCCAGCUAAUUAGUUAAUCUCGGAGACAAUAUCUGAUCCAGGUAUCGAAUCACUGCAUCUCUAGUAAAAACUUGCAAACGGAACAAUGUGAGCCAUUAAACUACUCAAUGGGAUCUGGUUUUCUUCACCAUAGAUUUCAACAAAAUUAGAAUUUGUUAUCUGUGAACAUGAACGGUUUAAAACAGUCUAAUCUUCCCAAAAAUGUUGUCAUCUGCCAUAAUUUUAUAAAUGCUGUUUUUAUUAUGGGUGUUUAUACUAUGUGCACACCUGGUGAGCUUACGUCCAUGGUGCCAUCUUUACACAGCUCCUUUUUCAAUUUGAUUAGACACCUCAUACUCCGAAGUGCCUACUCAUCCAAACAGCUGUCACUUUAAAUAUUACUAAACAUAAAGUCGAAUCAAGUCACUUUAGAAUAUACAGUGAGAAUAUACAGUGUAGUGUGUUUCUUUCUGAAUAGAACGAUUUUUAAAGAUGUUAAGCCCCUUUCCUUAUCAAAUAAUAUUAAAAUAAAGAUAUAGUUUUUCAUGUCUGGUUAUCAGAGCUGUUUUCAUCGCUUCUGCUAUUUCUAAAUUUUUAUUUCAUCACCCAACCAAUUGGCUUCAAAUUAUAAACAUAAAUGUUGUCAGUGAUCAAGAUAGGCUUUAAUUUCUCCGCUACUGACAAUCGCAUUUGAGUGUUACUUUGUAUAAUUUUUUGUGGUCAAACCAUCUAAAAAGAAAUUACUGUACAAAUGGAAACAGAGUUCAGUAUAAACUUGAAAGGAUGUACAUAAGAGUGGUUUUCCCUCAUGUUUUUAAUUUAAAUUUGAAUCUUUUUCUCAUACAAGUAGAUUGUUAGAUAAAUGUAUCUUUGAAUUCUAAUUUAUUAUACUGUGAAACAGAUAUGGAUGUAUAUUUAUUUUCCAUUGAUCAUGUGCAAUGUAACCUAUUGACUCGUGUAGUAUACAGAGCUUUUUGUCUGUAACAUAGAUGUCUGAUUUUAUUACACUAACUAAUGCGGACUUAGUCAAAGUGCUAUAAAGAUUGUGUCCAUCUGAAAAAUUGGGUCUAAAAUGACUUACCAGUAAUAAAAAACAAGAUGGUAGGAGUGUGUCAAAAUAUAUAGAAUAGGAACUUGAACACUGCUUCAGGUGUGAAUGGGGGGUGUGAUAAAAGACAACUCUGCUGCUUAUGUGUUUCUGUCACCAGCAUUCUGAGUCUGAGCCUCAGAAAGAAACGACCAUGUUUUAAUGCUGUUACUGUCUGUGAAAAAAGACCAUACCUGUGCUGUGCAUUUGUGUACCACUAGAUGGAAGCAAAACUUUAUAAUAGAGGUGAAGUAUAAAAGGAGGAUGUUUUUAUUUAUUAUUGUAGGCUUUGUAUUAUGAAUUUGCAGGAAAAAUACGAGUAGAAAGAGGGAAUCUCUAAUCUCAGCUACUAUACUUGUAUAAUUAAUGAAACAAAUGCUUGUUUACUGUUUUACAUACAUUACUAGACAAGCCAUAUAAACCGUAUCCAAGCUUAAUUUGAAAUUGACAUGUUUGUUAUUGUAUAAAUACACAUCUCAGUCUCUUAAUUAAAACAAAAUCGUUAUUUAAGAUAGUUACGGCUAUAUUUUAUAUGAUUCUUGGGCUUUUCAGUCAAGUUGGAGACUUAAUUUAUCAUACCAUGAAUAUUUUUCUUUGUUUUAAAUUUUGGGAACUUGUAAAAAAAAAAAAAAAAAGACAACAGAAAAUAAUCCUACAGUACAUGUUAUUAUAAAGAUAAUGCCAAACUGUCUUUGACAUCAUAUUUUAACAUUAUAUUUUAAGAUCAUUCAGGUGACAUCUUGGCCAUGUUCACCCUGCAGGCAAACGUUAAUUCUGAUCUUUCAGCACAGACUUGACACAUCUGAUUUUUUUCAUGUCAGUCCGAACCCCUUAAGUGUGCCACCCCAUAUGUGGUUUUAAACUGGUUCGACUGUUUUUAAAGCAUAUGGAGUCUGAACAGUCAUAUUGAAUUUCUUCUUACUUUAAAAUCAUUAUUUUGGCUUCCACUACACACCCAAACAGACCUGCCUCACCUCUCUUCAUCUUAAUAAUUGUCAUAAUAAAGAAACCAACAUUUGUUAUGACUUUUAUAAACAGAGCGCUCUUAUGGGUCUGCCCUCUGCACAUGUGGGUGGCUUUGGGGUUAUGAAUCCCUCAGACCAAUGUCUGACGGUAGUCGCAAUAAAACAUAGUGUGACCUACUAUGGAAGAACUAAAGCCUACCGGGGACAAUGGCCAAUAAGUAAACAGCAGUCUAUUCACAUUACAUUUUAGCCCUGGUCAGCCCCGAGGUGAAUUGUUGCCAAUCUGUACCAAGAAAGCACCAAGUUGAAAAAGUCAAUAACAGAAACUAAGUUGAGGAGCCGGCCAGCAUAGAUCCAAGUGACAAUAUCUUUGAGUUGUACAUCGCUGAUUGGGUUUAGAAAGGAGGAUGUGAUGACUUAUGGUUUAUAUUGGCUUUAAUAUUUAAAAGCAUUAACAAAAAGGAAAUCUUAUGACUAAAGGGUUUAGUUAGUAAUACCAGCUUGAAAAGUUCAAUUAACAUGAAAAAUGUUAUAUUAACCUAAAUGAGAUGUGCUAGUUUAUUUAUUGCUGGACAAUACUUUAGUUUGAAUUGCAUAGCAAUACUUUCUAAAGUAUAGAUGCAGUUUGUAGCAAUACUGGCCUAAUUUACCUUUUUAUAACUAUAGCUAGACAAGAGCAUGAAAUUGCUUUAGCUAUAUUAGUCACUAGGUAAUAGAUAAGUGAUCAUAUUUGAAGCAGUUUGGGUACAGUUUACAAGUUUUACAAAUUCCCCUCUUUUUAUUUCAUAGAUGAAAAUUUAUCUUAGUGUAAUGCAGAAUGAAUCAUACUCACCUUUUUAGAAGAGUUAACAUCAAUCAUCCACAUCCCGACUAAAAAUAAAGGCUUAAUUUGGGGUGACUAAAAAGCCAGAGUUGUAAAGGUAAAAUCACCAUCAGCUGAGAUCUCCUUUAUAAAGACAUUUUCCAAAUAAGUAGGCCGUUUAUUUAACAGAGUGGGUUGCUUAAUUAAUCUAAUUAGCUUCAGUAAUUGACUACCACCUGAUUCUUACUGAAAGGAUAUGAACGACUGUAAUUGCAGAAUUGUCCAGACUCUUGUUUGAACUGUAUUUUGUGAUGCAUCUGUGCGUACAUGCAGUUUCUUCAACUGUUGUGGCUUGCUGAGCCAGUUUGGUUAAGUCAUGUGUGUGUGAGUUCUACCGAUUGUCAAUGAAUUUUUGAAUGUAGUUAUUGCUUCUCAGCUGCUCUUAGAUGUUUCUUGCUAUCACUUUGCUCUGGUGUACAAAUGAUGUCUUUUCUCUAUCAUAAAUAGUGUAUAUUUUUGCCAUACAGGUGGAUUUCUUGACUAAAAUCUACAAUGUUUGUGACAGUGUUUUUGUAAAGUUGUUUAUGGUCCAGUUUUGGAGUGUAUGUGAAUGACUGGAAAAGAGAUAGAAUGUAUUCUGUAAGCAUGUAAACGUAAUGCCAAGCAUUCAAAAGAAUAAAAACUUAGAUGUUGAAAAGUAAUGUACAAAUUUUCAUCAACUUGUGUUCAACCUGUAAUAUUGAGUCAUGUAUAAGUGUUCUGAUGUCCAACAUCCACGUCUACUGGUGUUAACUAACUGCAAAAUAAAUUUGUGGUACGUUGUUGUACU